ACCUCUUCCGUCAACUUUUAAUUUGCACCUACGUUGCAGUGAUGUGGGGCAUAGGUUUAUAGCUUUUCUUCCUUUACUCUGGCUUAUCGUUAUUGACGACAAGGCAUCCUUGUAUUGCUUCUUUUCUCAUUUAAUGCUAUUGUUACGGAGCUGAAAUGUUCAUACCUUUAUUUGUUUUAUUCACUCCUUUUAAGAAGGAAGGGGAAGGACUGAGGGUUGCUUUCAUGGCAUCUAUUACUCUUUUAACCCUUCUUUUGCUGGGGUGAUUAGCAGGCAUCUUUUGCUCGUCAUUCUCAGAAAUUUAUUAUCUAUAACGACCUCUCCAGCUCUUUUGCAGGCCUUUGAUGGAGAGUUCUCCGUUUAUUCUCAGAUUUUUGUUUUGCACAAUUUAAUGAGUCCAUUCUUUUUAGUGGCAUUAUUUAAGGUACAGUGAAACUGAAAGAAAAUAAUUACUUCGUAUUCCGGCAGGUUAAGCAAGUUAUUUGGUAAAUCAAAAGCUACCACGAGAAACCUCAAAGUGAUUUUCAACGACUUUCCCGGAGGAGCAGAGUGUUUUGAGCUCAUGUCAAGGUUCUGUUACAAUAAUGGCAAGACUCAAAUAAAUCCUUCCAACAUCUCUCUCUUACAUUGCGCUGCACAGUUCAUGGAAAUGAACAACUCGGUCUCUGGAACCAAUAAUUUAGUAGAACAAACAGAGAAAUCACUUGAAGAGAUCAACUAUUGGACAUGGCCUGAGCUUUUGGCCGCUUUGAAGCAAUGUCAAGAUUUACUUCCCGUCGAGAAUUCUUCGGGUGUACUUCAGAAGUGCUUGGAUUCCCUUGCCCGGAGGCUGGCUUUAGCUACUGAAGCAAGUCCAUGUCCAUCUAAUUCCCCAGACAGCUCUGGGUUCCGGUUUUCUUGUGACAGUAAGAGCACUGAGAGUUUAAAGUCCAGUUUAUCUCGAGGAACCUGGUGGUUUGAAGAUCUUCUGAUCUUGCGUCCUAUUCUGGUUGAAAAGGUGGUAAAAUCCAUGGUCUCACAAAAACUUGAUCAUGUUAUCAUUAGUAGGUUCCUUCUCUAUUACCAGAAAUCCAAGUUCUAUACUGCCACACCUGAUGAGAAGCGCAAAGUUAUAGAAACAGUGAUUGAUACGCUUUAUACCCUUCAUGGGAGUUCUGUUUCUGGCAAGACUUUAUUUGGGAUUCUUCGAGUUUCCAUGACUUUGAACAUAAACAAAAGUAGCAAGAAGAAGUUGGAGAGUAUGAUUGGUUCGCAGUUGGAUCUGGCAACAUUAGACAAUCUGCUUGUUCCUUCUCCAUAUGGGAUUAAUUACUUAUAUGACGUGAAUCUUGUUCUGAGGUUUCUGAAAGCAUUUAUGCGUGGUGGUAUUUCCAAGGUUUCCGGUAUGCGAAUGGGGAAAGUUUCUAGGUUGAUGGAUUUGUAUAUAGCAGAAGUAGCCCCAGAUCCUUGUUUAAAACCUUCGAAGUUCCUGGCAUUGGCCAUGGCGCUUCCAGAUUCUGCGAGGAACUUUCAUGAUGAACUCUACUGUGCUGUGGACAUGUAUCUAGAGGUGCAUGCAGGAUUGUUAGAAGAAGAGAAGAUGAAAAUAUGUUGUGCACUGAACUAUGAGAAGCUUUCAGCUGAAGCUUGCCUACACCUUUCUCAGAAUAAAAAAUUUCCAUCAAGAUCUGCUGUCCAGGCUCUCAUUUCUCAGCAAUACAAACUCAAAAGCUUACUCCAUGGUACCAACAAUUCCAGAUCAUUAACUGAUUCGCCCAGUACUUCUACUGAAGUAAGAAGCAAGGGAAAGAAAGAUGAAGCCAGUAAACAAGUUGUCAUGUAUGCUGGGAAACUUGAUAUUUCAUCUGAGAGUGAGAAACUCACAGCACAUUUGCAAGGAAUGCAAUGGAGGGUGAUUGAAUUGGAGAAAAUUUGUAGGAAAAUGCAAACACAGAUGGCAAAGAUCCUGAAAUCUAGAGUAUCAAGCCACGGUCAUACAAGAUCCUUGCCCAAGCUUUGUCCAUGAUACACAUUAUGCAACAUUUGUAUUUAUUAUGGAAUUUAAUUCUCAUAUUUUGUAUAGCAAGAGGAAUGAGUUUUUCUGGGUUUUUCCUUUUCUUUCUUUUUUUUUUUCUUUUUUUUUUCUGAGCUGAAGGUAUACAUACAGAUGGGGGAAAAAGAGAACUGUGAGUUUUUUCAUGAGUGGAAUAUGUUAAUUCUCUGUGAUGUUGAAAGAUUUAUUUUUAAGGUGAAGUCCUUUUCCCUGUGAUGUUUUGAGAUACGUCUUUAAAGUGAAGUCCUUUUCCC